CACAUCAAAUCCAGUUCAUUGUGUAGAUUUGGUCACUAAUGCUUUACUCCGAGGUGACCAACAGUUCUGCUGGGUUCACCUUCUUGUCCCAAUUAGCCAUUCAUUUCUGCUCCAGAGCCUGCUUCCUGGCUUUUAAAAGAAGAUACCAGAUAUCAAGAUAUGAAAUUUUCUUCCUCCCAGAAAAUUAGGCCCUAGAGAGUAUGAGAGAGUUUUAAGGAGAUGAUUUGCAUAUAGGCCUUCCACGUAUGUUUGUCAUCUCAAGCAUAGGUGGAGAAGUAGGGCGAGGCCACGAAGGAAGCUACGUGGGCAAACACUUCCGCAUGGGAUUCAUGACAAUGCCUGCUCCUCAGGACAGACUACCCCAUCCUUGCUCCAGUGGCUUUUCCGUGAGAUCACAGUCCCUGCACUCAGUUGGGGGAACAGAUGACGACAGCAGCUGUGGCUCCAGGAGGCAACCACCACCCAAACCCAAGCGGGACCCCAGCACCAAGCUGAGCACCUCCUCGGAGACGGUGGACAGCACAGCAGCCAGUAAGAGUGGGAAACCCCCGGAGAGGACGGAAGUAUCAACCAAACCAAGACCCCACAGUGAUGAAUAUUCCAAGAAGAUUCCUCCUCCUAAACCUAAACGGAAUCCAAACACUCAGCUUAGCACAUCUUUCGAUGAAACGUACGUCAAAAAGCACGGGCCCAGGAGGACAUCCCUCACCCGGGAUUCCUCCCUGUCGCACGUCGGCAGCCCCGCGGGAGACCCCGAGGAAGAGGAGCCCGUGUACAUCGAGAUGGUGGGGAACAUCCUCAGAGACUUCCGGAAAGAGGAGGACGACCAGAGCGAGGCCGUCUAUGAGGAAAUGAAGUACCCCAUUUUUGACGACUUAGGCCAAGAUUCCAAAUGUGACCUCGACCAUCACAGUUGUUCUUCACAGUGUGCUACUCCCACGGUGCCUGACUCGGACUUCGCCAAGUCCUCAGUGCCAUGUACUCCUAAGGGUUUGCUCUGCGACAUCCCCCCGCCCUUCCCCAACCUGCUUUCCCACAGACCCCCCCUGCUGGUGUUCCCGCCGGCCCCUGUGCACUGCUCCCCCAACUCUGACGAGUCUCCGCUGACGCCCCUGGAGGUCACCAAGCUUCCCGUGCUGGAAAACGUGUCUUACAUGAAGCAGGCGGCUGGGGCGUCUCCGUCCUCCCUGCCGCCUCACACCCCCGGCCACGCUAAACCGGACAAAGACCAGACCGCAGCCCUGGGACCUGCUUCUGCCACUUCCGUGCUGUCCUCGUCGCCUCCGCCCCCUUCCGCUCUGUACCGAACCCAGUCUCCGCACGGCCAUCCUAAAAGUCACUCCGCCUCUCCCUCCCCGGUGAGCAUGGGGAGGUCCCUGACGCCCCUGAGCCUCAAAAGGCCUCCCCCCUACGACGCCGUGCAUGCGGGCAGCCUCUCAAGGAGCUCGCCAUCAGUGCCUCAUGCCACCCCCAGGCCAGUGUCGCAAGAUGGGGCCAAGAUGGUCAACGCCUCGGUGAACACUUACGGGGCGGCGGCCCCCGGCGGCUCCCGCUCGCGAACACCCACCAGUCCUCUGGAGGAACUGACCAGCCUCUUUACCUCAGGACGCAGCCUGCUGAGGAAGUCGUCGUCCAGCGGCCGGCGCUCCAAGGAACCCGCAGAGAAAUCAACAGAGGAGCUGAAAGUCCGAAGCCACAGCACGGAGCCAUUACCAAAGUUGGACAACAAGGAGAGAGGCCACCACGGGGCAUCUUCCUCCAGAGAGCCUGUCAAAGCUCAGGAAUGGGACGGAACACCAGGUCCACCUGUGGUCACCAGUAGAUUGGGAAGAUGCUCUGUGAGCCCCACCUUGUUAGCAGGAAACCACAGUUCAGAGCCUAAAGUAAGCUGCAAAUUAGGCCGGUCUGCGUCGACGUCAGGUGUGCCUCCUCAGUCAGUCGCUCCUCUCAGGCAAGCCAGCGACCUGCAACAGAGCCAGGUGGCAUGCAUGCAGUGGUUUCAUGGAGACCAUACAAUGCUUGAGAUGAUUGAGAAAAAGCGUUGCUUGUGCAAGGAAAUAAAGGAUAGACAGAAAACGGAAAAGGGCCUUUGCAAACAGGAUAGCAUGCCUAUCCUACCCAGCUGGAAGAAGAAUGCAGGUGCAAAGAAGUACAGCCCUCCACCCUAUUCUAAACAGCAAACGGUGUUCUGGGAUACUGCCAUAUGAGUGUGCGCAGGAUGGCGUGAGCGCCUCAGUACUCACUACGAAGAGGGAGGUCGACUCGGUCAUGUGAUAAUUAACUGUUCCAUAUCUUCUCUGUUGGAGUGGAAUGCCAGGGCAAGCUGUGCCUACCCGUGGCAAGUUCAAGAUAAAAUGAAUAUGUCCUUGCAGUAAAGGCCCACUUAUUUUAUCCUGGAUUAUUUUGAAUCCAGAAGAUAUUGAAAUGUACAUAUUUUACUAGUUUAUGGGUGACAUCUGAAAUAAUACACAUUAUACGUAUAUAAAUUACAGAAAGAUCAAGAGUUUACUAUAUGAUAUAAUUUCGGUAUCAACUGGUUUGCUAUCUCUUUUAUAUGUAAUCCCUUGAUGCCUUUUAUUAUUAAUUUUUGCAUUUAAAAAUGUUGUUUUCCCUUGCCCAUAUUUGGCUUCUGUACAAGAGCUCACAGCUAUAAAUCAUGUUCAACGACAUAAUAUAUGAUCUGGUGCUAGUAAUGUAGAAGUUGACUAUCAUAUUUGUUAAGAGCAUCUGUUACUUUUUAAGUUUUUAAGGAUUUGACAGGAAAUGAAUGCAAAUGUGAUGCUUAAUUUGGACUUCCAAGCUACAUUGACACCAAUAUUUUUGUUACAUUGGCUUUAUAAGAAUUUCUUUUCAAUAUCCUCUUGUUUAUACUAAGCAGUGAUGAGUCAGACUCCAGAGCAAAUAAUUAGGAUCUAUUUGGACAUCCCAGCAGAAAACAUUUUCUUUAGAAAUGACUUUAGGGACAUGUGUCCUUGCAUCAUUGAUCUGAUUGCAGGAGACCAGGGUUCACUGUGACAAUGGAAGGAACAAGGAAUCAAGAGCUGAUGAGCGUGAUGACUUUCAGGAAAGUGGGACCAGUGGCAUUGUAGCCACCAUAGUCACCAUUUUUAAGUAACUUUUCAUGUGUAUGCUUGCUUCCCCUAGAAAAUGAGAAAUAAACAUUAAACUACACCAGUUU